UCAGUUUUCUUAAUCACCUCAGUAAAACAACCACAAUGUUUGAUAAAAGUUGCAUCUUGGUGGUAAUUAGCGUCGUGGCCAUUCAGGCGAGUGUGGUGCCUUUUGAUUUGAUUGAUGAUGCAAAGGAAGAUCUUGAAGCUUUAAGACAAACUGUUCUAGGUGCUAUUUUGGCCGCUGAAAACAAUCUGGAUGAUUUUAGCCUAGAUCUACAAAGUUUUGCCAGCAAUACUGAAAGAUCAGCAAUAGUUACAGUUCAAAGCGAAAGAGAGGCAAUUAACAACUCUUUGACAGUUCUUAAAAAUUUAGCGCAUAGUGCUGAAGCUGACAUUUCCUACUGUCUUGACGGCCGCGAAAAUUAUCUGAGUAAUCUACAUAUAACAAUUCUCGCCGAUUUAAACGACUGCGUCUUUGGCAAAAUUGUACAGGGAUCAAUAGUUUUACGUGAAAUCAAGUAUCUGAUUGAUAUUAAUAUUAAUAGUGUUAAUGCUCUGGAGUUUCAACUUGAGUUGUGUGAGGCUGCCGGUGACCCAUGCAUUACUGUUCUUAUUCAAGAAAUUGAACUAGCAACAGAGAGAGUUCCCCAACAAAUUAAAGUGGAGGUUUUAAAAGCUGAAGAACUUUUCGGCGAGCUGAAGAUCUCUGUUCAGGAAUGUGCUGACUUGAAGAUAUCUCAGUAUGUUACUACUGCAAAUACUAUAUUGGACGAUAUAACCCAAUGUGUUGAUGCUAUAAUUGGAUAAUUGGAUAAUUGGAUAAUUGGAUAAGUACCACAAAUAUCUUUUAAAUACUUUUUCGACGCGACUGACACUUGACCUUCAGUUUCGUUUGUUGUUGACAUUAUCAAAAUAUUUAAUUUUUGUGCAAUUAUGAUGUUUGAUUUAUUAUAAGACAAUUAUUGUGUUAUUCGUAAAAAUACUGUACGGCAAUUGAGAAUUAAAAAUAGAUAUGUUUAUAAAAUAAA